GAACUGGCACCUUUCCAGCCACCAGUCCACACUGGUCCGAUGGUGACGUGACCCGGCAACCCUUCGGUUCAAAGACAAAGUCCCUACAGACAGAACCACCGCCGGCUUUCAUUCAAAGAGUUAUUCAUUUCAAUAUACAGCAAGACGACAGGGUUCGUCUAAACCAGGUAACGGGCCCCUGAGCAAUUCCUAUUGAAUGACUUUUCUCAAAGUUAGGACUUCUUAGAAUCAUUCCUUUUUUAAACUCUGACUUUUUUUAUGACUUCAAAAAAUCCAACUUUAUAUUAAACUUCAGACUUUUUUAAAUUUUCUUCAAAAUUGUCCUUUUUUUUCUUAAAAUCUGCCUUUUCUCAAAUGUCUGAAUGAUUCUUAGAAUUUAGAUUUUUUUCUCUUAAUUAUGACUUUCCAUAAUUCAAACAUCAGUUUGAGUUUUUUUCAAACGUCCAGUCUGCAGUCAAAUUACUCAUCGCUUCUUUUUGGAAGUCUCUGUUACAACUUUCUUUACCGCUUAGUUUAGUGUUUUCAAUUCCCCAAAUUAUACUUUGCCCGUUCGUUUGGUUAGAUUUGAAUGAAUGAAAAUAUUUAAAGUUUUCAGUCCAUGAGGAGUAUCUAGUUUGGAGCAGAAUUGGUUAACCAGAGUUAAAACAACACAGACGUAAACAAACACUUGGUUUACUCUUCAAUUUUUCACUUUUUUUGGGAGCAGUGUAGGGACUCGUGCCUUGCUCAGGGACACCUCGGUAGCACUUGGUUUUUCAGGGACUUGAACCGGUGACGUUCCAGUUCCCAAACCAAGUCCCUAAGAUUUCACCCAAAGAAAACUCCAGGAGUGUUUUGUACUCCUCAGCUCCCCAAGAGUCAGCAUGACUAAUGAACUUUACAUCUGUAAUGCACUGCUGCAGGUAUUCAUGAGGUAAAGUGAGUCCACCUGUGCAGAUGCCCCCCCCCCCCCCCCGCCCCCUGCUUUAAGCCCCGCCCCCUGCAGCUGGGCCAUCUCUCUUCCUGUCUCUCUGCUUCCCGUCUGCCUGCUUCAGUCUCACCUGUCGCUCUGACUGCAGAGAUGUCUGAGGACUCGGUCGGCCUCGCCUUUGUGACCGUGCUCGGCGUCCUGGAGCAAGCAUAUUUCUCUCUGCAGGUGAUUUAUGCCAGGAGGAAGUUCUCAGUUUCCCCCCCCUCCACCGCCGGCCCGCCGGAGUUUGAGCGGGUCUUCAGAGCUCAAGCCAACUGCUCCGAGUACUUCCCCAUCUUCAUCAUUGUUCUGUGGAUCUCCGGAGUCUUCUUCAGUGAAGGCUUGUCUUGUCUCUGUGGUCUGCUCUAUCUGUACGCACGUCUCCAGUACUUCCAGGGAUAUUCAGAGUCUGCUCAGGGACGGCUGGCCCCGCUGUACUCCAGCACCCGGGUUCUGUGGCUGCUGAUCUGGUUCUGCGGGGCUGGGGUUGUGUUGUCGUUCUGCAGGGUCUACCUGAAUCUGGACCUGAUGCACAGACUCCACACUGCGCUCGACCUCGCCUGAAAGAGAGCGCAGACCAAAGGUCAAAGGUCAUGGGUCAGAAGAGGAAACGUUGAUGUUUGUAUGCGAUGACGGAAAAUAAAACCCUGAGGAAGUU